ACGAGCGGCGCAGACACGAGGCGCGAGGCGAACACAGGCCGAAUACAACCGACCGGACGAACGGACCAGAACCACCGACGGUGGGACCGGGAGCGGGACACCUGACCAGCCGGUGAACCGGGAGCGCGCGCGCGUGCGAGCGAGCAACAUGGCGCUGAUCCCGUCGCAGGUGCUGCGCGUCGCCAUCCUGCUGUCCUACUUCUCCAUCCUGUGCCACUACAAGGCGCUGGACAUGCCCGCGCACCAGACCUACGGCGGCAGCUGGAAGUUCCUGACCUUCAUCGACCUGGUGAUCCAGGCCGUGUUCUUCGGCCUCUGCGUCCUCAUCGAUGUCUCCUGCCUCCUAACCAAAGGAGGCGACAGCAGGGAGCAGGAGAGGCAGCUGAGGAAGCUCGUCGGCCUGAGGGACUGGAUGAUGGCCGUACUGGCCUUCCCCGUGGGAGCGUUCGAGGUCUUCACCUUCUGGACCCUGUACCUGUACGACAGGGAGCUGGUGUACCCCCGCCUGCUGGACAACUUCAUCCCCCAGUGGCUGAACCACGGCAUGCACACCACCGUUCUGCCCUUCAUCAUCAUCGAGAUGCGGACCACCAACCAUCGGUACCCCAGCCGGUCGUGGGGUCUGGCGGCCGUGUGCUGCUUCGGCGUGGGAUACAUCCUCUGGACCUGCUGGGUCCACCAGGUGACGGGGGUCUGGGUCUACCCGGUGCUGGAGCGCAUCACUCCUGUGGCUCGAGUCGUGUUCUUCAGCGCCAUGACGGCGGUGAUUUGUGUUUUCUACACACUCGGAGAAAUCCUCAACAGCUACAUCUGGGACAACACACACACAGUAAAGGUCAAAGGUGAGUGACCCCUCCUCGGCCGGCGAAGAGGACGAGUUGAGCCCCGCCCGCCCGGGACGCCACAGGAAUGGAAAACAAGCGACCUCUCCGGAAAAGGGGGGGGGGGGGUGACACUGUUUACCUGUUUGAACCCAACAACAACAACAACACAGGAAACUAAACUAAUCAGCAGUUAAAUGUAAAUAUAGGUGAGAGUCAAAACUCAGUGACAAAGAACUGAGCUGCUGUCUGGCCUCAUGUGGACACACACACACACACACACUACACACACACACAUACUACACACACACACUCCACAAGCACACACACACACACAUACUACACACACACACACUACACACACACACAUAUUACACACACUAUACACACACACUCCACAAGCACACACACACACAUAUGUGUAAUCUGCUCUUCUGGUUUGAACUAUCCUGGUGAAUAAUGUGUUGUUGUUGUUGUUGAUCCGAUGAAUCGUUCAUGUCAGGAAGAAACUAGUCAAUAAAGUUUGGAAACCGUU